AUGUCUAGGAAAUUUUGGGUAGAGUUUCAACGAGAAUUUGGCCAAGUUCUCCCGAGAUACUCAAUUGCUUAUCAUCUAAUUUCAGCAUCCCAUUUGACUUCGAACGGCUUGCGACAAGGCGACAAGGCGAAGGUUGCACGUCAGGAUCGACUGAUCUUUUUCCCUGAACCCCAAGAAGUUCUGAAACAUUUACGAUUUAGAACCCUGAAGACCGUCCAUCCACUUGUCGAUUUUUGA